AGUUAUUUAGACGACUGGUUUAGUUUCACUGGGAACAAAAUUAACUGCUGCACUGACAUUUAGCAUGGCAACCUCUAUUGGAUGACAACCGCCGUUAAACCUUAUCGAAGAACAUUUAGCAUGAAUGGGAACUGGAUGCGAAUGAGCUUGCUAUCAUUUUGAGUGGACUGGAUGCUAAUCAAUUUAAACUGGGGAUAUAAACCAUACUAAGUUAUUUAAAUAUAAACAAUCGUAUCUUCUGAAUAAAGACUGGAAGGCGUGUGAACAACGGGUUCAGCCAGUGAGUCCAACUAGCAACACAUGCAGGCGAGCUAGCUUGCUAACUUUAAAUAGAGACCAAGGCCAGAAUAAAGAUGGAAACGAUACUUAACCUACCAAUCGAAAAUAAAAUAUUUUAUGCUGUUCUGGUGUUCUCAUGGACGGUGUAUCUAUGGGAGGCCUACCUUGCCUACAGACAGCGGAGAAUAUACAGGUUGACCAUGCACGUACCACAAGAGUUGGGAAAGAUCAUGGACACAGAUACCUUUGAGAAGUCACGCCUUUAUCAACUAGACAAGAGCAACUUCAGUUUCUGGUCUGGACUGUAUUCAGAAACAGAGGGGACGCUGAUCCUGCUAUUUGGCGGAAUCCCUUUUGUUUGGAAAGUUGCUGGGACAGUGACUGCUCGUUUUGGAUUGGGUCCAGAGUAUGAGAUUUUCCAGUCUCUUUCGUUUCUGAUACUAGCAACCCUGUUCAGUGCAUUCACUGGCCUUCCCUGGAGUAUCUACAACACCUUUGUUAUUGAGGAGAAGCAUGGCUUCAAUCAGCAGACGCUGGGGUUCUUCCUAAAGGAUGCUGUAAAGAAGUUUAUUGUGACCCAGUGUAUCUUGUUGCCUGUGACCUCACUGCUCCUCUACAUCAUCAAGAUUGGUGGAGACUUCUUCUUCAUCUACGCCUGGCUCUUCACACUGGGUGUCUCACUUGUUCUGGUGACCAUCUAUGCGGACUACAUUGCGCCCCUAUUUGACAAGUUCACCCCUUUGCCAGAGGGUGAGCUGAAGGAAGAGAUUGAAAGCAUGUCGAAGUCUAUCAGUUUCCCUCUCACUAAGGUCUAUGUUGUAGAAGGUUCCAAGCGUUCCUCUCACAGUAACGCUUACUUCUAUGGGUUCUUCAAGAACAAGCGCAUAGUGUUGUUCGACACCCUGCUGGAGGACUACUCUCCCCUCAACAAGGACGGAGAGCCAGAGACUGACACACCAACCGAGGACAAAUCCAAGCUCAAGAACAAGAAGCAAGGCUGCAACAAUCCAGAGGUCUUGGCGGUGUUGGGCCACGAGCUGGGCCAUUGGAAGUUGGGCCACACUGUGAAAAACAUAGUUAUCAGUCAGAUGAACUCCUUCCUGUGCUUCUUCCUCUUUGCUGUGCUAAUUGGACGGAAGGAGCUGUUCGUGGCCUUUGGUUUCUAUAACAGCCAGCCGACUUUGAUUGGGUUGAUGAUCAUAUUCCAGUUCAUCUUCUCCCCAUACAAUGAGGUCCUGUCAUUCUGUCUGACUGUCCUUAGCCGCAGGUUUGAGUUCCAGGCGGACUCCUUUGCGCGGGGCAUGGGUCGAGCCUCAGAGCUCUACUCUGCACUCAUCAAGCUCAACAAAGACAACCUGGGCUUCCCUGUGGCUGACUGGCUCUUUUCCAUGUGGCACUACUCCCACCCUCCCCUCCUGGAGCGCCUACGGGCCCUGGGAAGCACCAAGCAGGACUGACAAGUCCCAAAAGGAGAGCCACGCCCGCUGCCUCUCCCCAAGGGUUUCCGCAGGCCUCUUCUGGCACUCUGAUGUAGUCUCCCUUAUUUACCUCUGUUUCCCUAUUCUUGUUCUCCUUUAUCCUCGCCAUUAUGUUCCUUUUUUGGUAAUUUUUUUUUCUUCCAGGUUCAAAUUUGCACAAUACCAAAAGUUUUCAGAAAUCUAGUGUGAGACAAGAUCUAUCGGCUAUGCUUAUUCUAGGUGUAAUGGAGUUAAGAAUGUACCAUAAGCUCAUGCCACAGCUAGCUUGACAUGUCGCCGAUGGAGCUAUCGAUUUAUACAUUUUCCCGAUAGCUCAAACGGUUUGUAAGUUGUCAAGGAGUGCGGUCACGUGUGCUAGCCAGGCAUAGGUCCUGAGUUCGAGCUCUGCGAGCCGAAUCGGGAGGAACCUGUACUCACUAAGCAAGCAGAGUGACGUCCGUAACAUAGGGAAACAUGAACAUGCAAUACAAUUGUGGGCAUAAAUAAUUACCCAAACAUUUUUAGUUUAAGCACUUCCAGCUAGUACAGGUCACAUUGAUCAAGGAUUUCUCAUAUUUCAGCAAGGUUUACAUUUUUUUACUGAAGUUCUAUUUGAAUUUCAUUUACUCCCCUGAGAAUUUGUCAUUCCAAGUGUUUUCUCAUAAAACCUCAAUGUACAGUAGUGGAACUAUCCCUGGCCAGUAGCCGUGGAACUAUCCCUGGCCAGUAGCGGUGGAACUAUCCCUGGCCAGUAGGGGUGGAACUAUCCCUGGCCAGUAGGGGUGGAACUAUCCCUGGCCAGUAGGGGUGGAACUAUCCCUGGCCAGUAGGGGUGGAACUAUCCCUGGCCAGUAGGGGUGGAACUAUCCCUGGCCACUAGGGGUGGAACUAUCCCUAUCCAAUCCAUUUUGGGGGGUGUUUGAGAAAAAAAUAUCAAGAAUGACAAUAGGAUGUACAGCGAAUGGGCCAUCAAUUUAUUAUUAAUAGUAUAUCCUGCUGGUUGAUUGGCUCCAUCUACAACUGUUUAUUAUGAGACGUGUGUGUGAACACUAGAACUUCAAAAGAUACACACCUUUUCAGAUUUAGUCAAGACUAUGCUUGAGAUGGAUCAUUGUUGAAGUUAUACAGGUAACUGCCAAAGUAAUGAAACACUUGAGGAAAUUAGGGAUACAAAGUAUAUUGAAAGCAGGUGCUUCCACACAGGUGUGGUUCCUUAGUUAAUUAAGCAAUUAACAUCCCAUUGUGCUUAGGGUCAUGUAUAAAAAUGCUGGGCAGGCCAUUAUUUUGGCUACCAUGACUAUGCCCCCAUAGGAUGACGAUGCCCAAUCCACAGGGCAUGAGUGGUCAAAUUACAUUUUAUUUGUCACGUGCCGAUUACAACAGGUGUAGGCCUUACCAUGAAAUGCUGAUUUACAAGCCCUUAACCAACAAUGCAGAGUAAGAGGGGGGACAAUGCAAAUAGUCUGGGUAGCCAUUUGUUUAGAUGUUCAGGAGUCUCAUGGCUUGGGGGUAGAAGCUGUUUAGAAGC